AUGAAGUUUGCAAUCUUCUCCAUUGCAGCCCUCGUGGCGUCAGUCAGCGCUGGCGCGAUUGACCUCCAAAAAAGAGACACGCCUCUUCAAGUCCAGCUCUCUCAGGUGGAGGGAGACAAUUCCAAAGUGAAGGUCGAGGUCACCAAUACUGGCUCUCAAGGCUACAACCUCUUCUACAAAGGCUCCUUCCUCGACGGCGAUUCGCCAGUUGACAAGUUUGUGGUUCAAGGAACAGCACAAAGAGCAAACUUCAACGGCGUCCUCCUCCGCAUGUCUACCAAAAAUCUUACAGCAUCCGAGUUCGUCCCCAUCGAAUCAGGCCAGACCAUUGAGACCGAAAUCGAUGUUGCCGAACUGUAUGACGUUGAGAGCACCGAUUCCUACGCCGUACGUGCCGUCGGCUCGAUGCCAUACGCUGAGCUCGGAAGCACCAAACUCACCGGCAAAUCCGUGCGCUUCUCCUCCAACACCAUCACAAUGGACAUCGACGGCGACAUGGCAAUGAAAAUUCCCUACGCCGUCGACCGCCCCCAUCAGAGACGAACCACCCUAAACACCUCAGGCUGCUCCCCUUCCCGCGCUCAAACCCUCCGAAACGCCCUUUCAAACUGCUCCAAACUCGCCUCCAACGCCGCCUCAGCCGCCACCUCCGGCCACGCUCUCCAAAAAUACUUCAAAACCACCUCCCCCACCACCGCAAAAACCAUCGCAUCCCGUUUCCGCGCCGUAGCACAAGACUGCGGCUCCCAAACCGGCGGCGCGACGGAAACUUCUUGCAGUGACACGUACGGUUACUGUCAACCCGGCGUUUUGGCGUACACCUUACCGCGAUAUAAUUUCGUGGCGUAUUGUGAGAUUUUUUAUCAAGUUCUCGAACCGGUUUCGAAGCAGUGUCAUGAUCAGGAUCAGGCGACGACGGUGCUGCAUGAGGAGACGCAUGCUCCUGGGGUUUUUCGGCCGGGCACGGAGGAUUUUGCGUAUGGGUUUGAGGCGACGCGCGAUUUGACGAGUCGGGAGGCGGUUGGCAAUGCGGAUUCUUAUGCGCUUUAUGCGAAUGGUGAGUUGAGUUGA